AUGUCCAUCAACGUGCAAAAAGGAUCCAAAAGAGAUUUUGCGACUAUAGCUGCAGACAAUCCUCCUACUGAAAGCUCAGAGGCAGCCUUGGCUCAGGCUCUUCAGCUUCAAGAAUAUCAAGAGUCAUCUCCAAAACGACGCAAGGCUCGAAAUGGCGUUAGUUUUGCAUUAGAGGACUCUACUGACAACGAUAGUGUUUUGACUGGAUUAAGGUCCAACGAAGGGAAGGACACUGGAGUGAAAACAAGGAAGCGGUGCCCUGCACGCAAGACGAGGAACUCUGUUCGGGGUAUGGUAUCAGAUAGCGAAAGUAGCACAAACUUGGAGGAUGAGUCUUGGGAUGAACAAGAAUAUAUCUCCGAAAGUGACUCUAUGUCAAGUGCAUUGAGAGAGCGAAAGAAACUCGAGAGGCAACAUCCAUAUAUCAUGAAAAUGUGGGAUGAACUACGAAACAAUCCUCCUAUCAUCCCAGUUGCAGCAGAACAACCCCCUGGCAUAUCGAGAAAUCUCAAGUCAUUCCAACUGGAAGGUCUGAAUUGGAUGACGCGGCAAGAGGGCUCCCAGUAUAAGGGUGGCUUACUAGGCGAUGAGAUGGGCAUGGGAAAGACGAUCCAGGCGGUUUCCCUUCUCAUGUCUGAUUAUCCUGUCGGGCAGCCAUCCCUUGUUGUUGUUCCCCCUGUUGCUCUGAUGCAGUGGCAAUCUGAGAUCAAGGAGUACACGAACGGCCAAUUAAAGGUUCUCGUAUACCACAAUUCGAAUUCCAAAGUCAAGUCGCUCUCAGAAAAAGAUCUUCUAACAUAUGACGUGAUUAUGAUCUCCUAUUCCGGCCUUGAGUCAAUACACCGAAAAGAAUGGAAGGGGUGGAAUCGCGGCGAUGGGAUUGUAAAGGCAGAUAGCAUUAUCCACUCCAUCCACUAUCAUCGUCUUAUUCUAGAUGAAGCUCAUAGUAUCAAGCAACGCACUACGAGUGUCGCUCGUGCGUGUUUCGCACUCAAAGCCAAAUAUAAAUGGUGCCUUUCUGGUACCCCUGUUCAAAACCGAAUCGGGGAGUUCUUCUCUCUCCUACGCUUUUUAGAGAUUCGCCCCUUUGCUUGCUAUUUUUGCAAACAGUGCAAUUGCCAGGAACUCCAUUGGUCGCAAGAUGAGGGGAAACGCUGUACCCAUUGUAAACACAGUGGAUUUAGUCAUGUCUCAAUUUUUAAUCAGGAGAUUUUAAACCCUAUCACCGAGAGAAAUAAUCCGGAAGCUCGAACGGAAGCACUGUCCAAGCUACGUUUAAUUACUGACAGAAUAAUGCUAAGACGCAUUAAGCGAGAUCAUACGGCUUCAAUGGAGCUUCCACCGAAACGUGUUGUUCUACACAACGAAUUUUUUGGGGAGAUCGAACGCGACUUUUCCAGAAGCAUCAUGACUAACUCAACGCGGCAGUUCGAUACAUAUGUGAGCCGUGGUGUAAUGCUGAAUAACUAUGCCAAUAUCUUUGGACUUAUUAUGCAGAUGCGGCAAGUUGCAAACCACCCAGAUCUGAUUUUGAAAAAGCACGCCCAGAGUGGCCAGAACGUUCUUGUCUGCAGUAUUUGCGAUGAGCCAGCGGAGGAAGCAAUUCGGUCUCGCUGCCACCAUGAAUUCUGUCGCCGAUGUGCCAAGGACUAUGUGCAAUCGUUUAAUACGGGUACAGUUAUCGAUUGUCCUAGGUGCCAUAUCCCACUCUCAAUUGAUUUCGAGCAGCCGGAUAUAGAGCAAGAAGAAGAGCAUAUCAAGAAAAAUUCCAUAAUAAAUCGAAUUCGAAUGGAAAAUUGGACAUCCUCAACGAAGAUCGAGAUGCUCGUCUAUGAGCUUUACAAACUGAGAAGCAAGAAGCAAACGCAUAAAUCCAUCGUCUUCUCCCAGUUUACUUCAAUGUUACAGCUUGUUGAAUGGCGUCUACGACGGGCUGGAUUUAACACCGUCAUGCUUGAUGGAACUAUGACGCCUGCACAACGGCAGAAGUCAAUUGACUUUUUCAUGAACAAUGUAGAUGUCGAGGUAUUUCUUGUGUCCCUCAAAGCAGGGGGCGUGGCCCUGAACCUCACUGAGGCAUCAAGAGUUUUCAUUGUUGACCCAUGGUGGAACCCAGCCGCUGAGUGGCAAAGUGCUGACCGAUGCCACCGGAUCGGUCAACGUCGGCCUUGUGUUAUUACACGGCUGUGCAUUGAGGAUUCAGUUGAAUCUCGGAUUGUUUUACUGCAGGAAAAGAAGGCCAACUUGAUCAAUGGAACCAUCAACAAGGAUCAAGGAGAGGCUUUGGAGAAGCUCACCCCAGAGGAUAUGCAAUUCUUAUUUCGGGGCUCUUAA